AUGAUAAAAUAUUCAUUAUAUAACCCAUAUAAAGCUGGUAUCAGAACCAAAACACAGCUUCCUGUUUCUGUUGAAGACGAUAAAUAUACUUUUGAUUAUCCUUGCGACGAUCCGUCCUCAUGUACCGACUAUUCCAUUGAACUUCCUCCAGGUUUUUACAAGUUCGAAUUAUAUGGCGCCUCCGGUGACAGUUUCACUGGCGAAGUGUCCACACACCAUUAUGAGUCAGGCGAAUGCAUUCCCGACAGUUUGGUCAAACUCUUCCACGGAAAAACCAAAUGUCUCAAAUCAUAUAAUUCCGGCGGUGCCGGAGGUUAUGUUCGUGGAUUGAUUCGUAUCAAGCGACUAACACAUAUAUAUGCCACAAUUGGUGGAAUGGGACAAUAUCUAAAUAAUACGAUUUGCUCACCCAUUGAAAACUGCUAUCUCAGGGAAAAUAUGGUUCCUGGAGGAUACGGAGGUGGUGGAAGUUCGGCAGGAUAUUUACGAGGAACGGCAAGUGGCGGUGGCCAAACAUCUGUCCAAUUUUUAGAAAAUUCCUUCUACCAUCGUGUGAUUGUCAGCGGUGCUGGUGGCGGGUCUGAUGACUAUAAUGGCAAUGAUGGCCGAGGUGGUUCCGGCGGCAAUCUUGUUGCACAAGGUUGGUGGGCCGACCAAGUCUACAACGGCAAUUAUUUGGCAAAUUCUUCGUUUGGAUUUACCUUUGGUACCGGUGAAGCAGCUCAAUUCGAUAAAUCAAAGAAUCCAGACGGUGUCAAAUCUCCAGCAGGAAAUUUUGAUAGAUGCGGUGCUGGAGGUGGCUGGUUUGGUGGAUUUUCAAGUCUCCAUAACAAUGGAGGCUGUGGAGGUGGAAGUUCGUGGGUUUUGACUAAGGAUGCAUACAUACCCACUGGUCUAAAUUGUUUUAGAAUCAGUCAAUGCUUACUAACUUUUAACAACAGUCUUUUAAGGGAAUGUAUGAAUAGUAGAUAUUGA